GCCAAUGCCAAGGGCCAAGUUGUCGGCGAUUAAAACGUAGCCGAGCAUGUUGGCAUAGGCGCAAGUACUACGCACUUGGCGGACGAGGAAUACUAUAUAAUGGCUAUGGUCAUCAACCUUUGGAAUAGCAUUCCAUCCAUCAGAAACAAAUCUUAUACGCUAUAAAGAACAUGCCUUUCUUCAAGCACUCUUCAAAAUCCUCUGCAAGCUCUACAUCUGGUGCUUCUGCCUCUUCCACCAAGACUGCAAGCACAAAGCAAGCAAAGAAAACCGCUCCUCAUGUAUUCUUUCCCACUUACCCAAUGCAACACAGUCCAAUCAAUCGCAUGUAAUGCCAAUGAAAGCGUUAGAAGCGGCCCUUCUCUCAGCCUUUAUGUAUUCUAGAACGUUGUACAAUUCGCAUAAAAAUAAAUAACAUAUGUGUCAU